AUGGGUGGGGAUCUCCUUGUUAAGAAACAAUCUAGACAAGAGGCUAUAAGAAAGUGGAGAUUAAAAAAACUAAAAAGGAAUUUUACAGUCAAUCAUACAACUUAUGUGGACAUUAUACCUAACAUUAGUGCUCCAACUCUAGAUACAUUUAGUAAAGAACGUAGACAAAAAGCGAUUGAAAGAUGGAAGGCGAAGAAAGAUAGAUCUCAAUCUCUUCAACCUUCUGUCACACUUCUUAGUGAUGUCAAUGUGGUUAGACAACAUUGUACAAUUGAACCUAUUCAUGCAGUACAAAGAACUGGUCUGUAUGAUUCUCAGGCAGAGUCCAAUAAUGCAACCAAUCUUAGAAAAAGGGAGCCGACUUACAUCUAUUCCUCUAGCGCCUGCAGUUCUACAGAAUGUCCCAAACUGUCCACACUGUCUUGCAAGAAAUUUGAAUAUGAAACAUAUAACUUAUGUUGUUUAGAUGGAGAUGAGUGUUUAGCUACUAAUGAUGCUCCUCUUAUAUUUCAAGAGCUUUACACAUCUUCCUCAUUAGAAGCAAACUUAUUCAGAACUUGCAUUCGAACAAUUAAUAAUCAUUUUACUUUCACUUCCAUGGAAGUGCACUAUGAUAAAGCUCUUAGUAAACGUAAUAAUGGAAUUUAUACAUUCAAAGUGCAAGGUCAAAUAUACCAUUUCAUAGAUGAUUUCUUUGAAUCUGUAAAUCUUCAGUUGUAUUUUCAUGACACCGAUACUGAAGUUACAAAAAGGUUGGAAGCAUGCCCUCGAUUGACAUAA